UCGCGAUCCCACGCAAUGCAAUCCUACCACCAGCAACUGGCAACUCCUCCCCCGAUUCCUGGCGCUUUUAUUGUUCCCCGUCACGAUGCUCGCGCCGCGCCCGGCUUCCCGCCCCACCCCACCGCACCACUCGACUCCACCCUCACUCUCCCACCGGCCGCCGCCCGCCGCCCGCUGCUACGGCUGCGUGCUCGCGGGUCGCAUUCCGUCCCGGUAGUCCCCUCCCGUUCCCAAUUCCCCUCCACCACCCAAAAGCAGAGCGCCACUAGCACUAGGCCAGGCAGCUGCGCCUACUCUUACUCCUCGUGCGCUGCAAGGAAGCGGCACGCGCGACUGACAGCCACCCAGGCCCAGCCCGGAGCGGCGGCAGCGAUGUCCUCGUCGCCGCCGCCGCCGUCGGCCUCCGCGCCGCCCAACGGCACGGCCGCAGCCCCGCCGCCGGCGCCGUCCAACAGCUCGUCCUCCCCGUCGACGCCCACGCCCGCGACGCCCUCCGCGCCGCCGCCCGCGACGCCCUCCACCCCGUCUCCAGCGCCGCCCGCGACGCCCUCCACCCCGUCUCCAGCGCCGCCCGCGACGCCCUCCACCCCGUCCCAAGCGCCGCCCGCGCCGGGGACGCCCCCCGCGCCCUUCCCCCCGGCCGCGCCCGCCUUCCCCACGCCCAGCGGCAGGGCCACGCCGGCCCCCGCCACGGCCGCGCCCCCGCCGUCCAGCUCCAGCCUCUCCACGCCCAUCGUCGUGGGCAUCGCGGUGGGCGGCCUGGCCGUGCUGCUGCUCGGCAGCCUGCUCUGCGUCUGCAUGUUUAGGAACAAGAAGAAGCGGCACCGCCACCACCCGCCGCCGCCGCCGCCGCACCACCUGCACUACUACGGCCACCCGCCGCCGCCGCCGCCUCCACCCCCGCCGCACAAAGGGGAUCAGUACCAGAAUUGGCAGCAUAAUGCCCCUCCACCACCGCCUGAUCAUGUGGUCAAGAUGCAUUCACAUCUUUCCCCUCCACCUCCGCCGCUUAAUGUACAUAGUGGUGGUUCUGCUUCAAAUCACUCAGGUGGUGAGAACCGCCCUCCGCUGUCGCCUGGCACUGCCUUUAGCUUUUCAAGAAGCACAUUUACUUACGAGCAGCUGAUGGCGGCAACCAAUGGGUUUUCUGAUGCUAACCUUCUCGGACAAGGCGGGUUUGGGUUUGUUCACAAAGGAGUGCUGCCAAAUGGCACAGAGGUUGCUGUUAAGCAGUUAAGAGAUGGAAGUGGCCAGGGAGAGCGUGAAUUCCAGGCAGAGGUUGAGAUUAUCAGCAGAGUACAUCACAAGCAUCUUGUAUCUUUGGUCGGCUAUUGCAUUUCUGGAGUCAACAGGUUGCUUGUAUAUGAGUUUGUUCCGAACAAUACAUUAGAAUUCCACUUACACGGAAGAGGCCGACCAACCUUGGAUUGGCCAACAAGACUAAAAAUUGCUCUGGGUUCUGCGAAGGGGUUGGCAUAUCUUCAUGAAGACUGCCAUCCUAAGAUCAUUCAUCGUGACAUAAAGGCCUCAAAUAUUCUUCUUGAUCUAAGAUUUGAGGCUAAGGUGGCAGAUUUUGGACUUGCAAAAUUCACCUCUGAUACUAACACCCAUGUUUCAACCAGAGUAAUGGGCACAUUUGGGUACCUAGCACCUGAGUAUGCUGCUUCCGGCAAGCUCACUGAGAAAUCAGAUGUUUUUUCUUUUGGAGUAAUGCUUCUUGAGCUAAUAACUGGGCGGCGUCCUGUAAGUUCGAGACAAGCACCUAUGGAUGACAACUUGGUUGACUGGGCAAGACCUUUAAUGACAAAAGCAUUUGAGGAUGGCAAUCAUGAUGCUUUAGUGGAUCCGCGGCUGGGAAGCGAGUAUAAUGAUAAUGAGAUGGCGAGGAUGAUAGCCUGUGCAGCUGCAUGUGUUCGCCACUCUGCACGGCGGCGACCACGGAUGGGUCAGGUUGUUCGGGCCUUGGAAGGUGACGUGUCGCUAGAUGAUCUGAACGAAGGCGUCCGGCCCGGGCACAGCCGGUUCAUGGGAUCCUACGGCAGCUCGGCCUCGGACUACGACACCAACCAGUACAACGAGGACCUGAAGAAGUUCCGGAAGAUGGCGUUGGGCGGCAGCGGCGUGCAGAGCGGCAGCCAGCCUACGCCGGCGAGCGAGUACCGGCAGAACCCAUCGGUGUCGAGCAGCGACGGGCACCAGACGACACAGGAAACGGAGAUGGGGAGCGUGAGGAAAGACGGCGACAGCGCUGGAGACAGCCAGAGCCAGGCUUCGUGAGAUACAUACAUACGGUCUCAACUAGCGCGCAUUUGUAAAUCCCCCGGCCCAGCCUAGCUGAUCGAAUCUGCUGACCUGUUUGCGACCAAUCGAUGAUUGUUUGGUUGAGGUAGAUUCUUCUUCUUCUUCUUCUUCUUCUUCUUCUUCUUCUUCUUUUUAGUAGAUUCGAUUCACUGUUUCUCUGAGAUCUCACCGCGAUUGAGGAUGUUCAUGAGGGUAUAUAUAGUUGGAUACCUUAUCUCGUACAAUUAUAUUCAUGACUCCACUGAUUAUGAGCAACGCUGCUGAAAA